AUUGGUAUAUUUGCAAAUCGAAUUUGUGGUCACGCUGGAAAAAACGCACAAUUGUUAAUUAAAUAAAAUUAAUGCUUGUACAAAAAAAGAGCGUAGUGACUAAUCCAACUACAACCAUAACAAAUCAGUAGCAGUAGACGUCCAUGACGCUGCAAAGUGUAACGCAAUGAAAAAGUGAAGGCAACAGCAGCAGCAAAGAGCAACCCAAGCAAACCGAACAACAACAACAAUGCAUUUCUCAAUACCAGACACACAGGAACAAUAUGCAGAGGGAGCGAGCGGGGGUUCGCCCACGUACACGGUGUACAACAUCUACAUUAACGGUAACUAUCAUUGUUGCCUGCGCUACAAACAGCUGCAUGCGUUGCACGAACAGCUGCGUAGGCGUUGCACAGACGCCUCCCUGCCGCCCUUUCCCCCCAAACGGUUGCUACCGCUGAGCAAUAGCCAGCUGGAGACACGACGCGCCGCUCUCGAGCACUACUUGCAGAUAAUUGGUCAGGACUCUCGUAUUGCACGGCUCUCCUAUCUGCAGCAGUUUUUGCAGCGUGCCCAGCUAGAAACUGCGCUGGCCGAGGGCUCGGUGGGCAAUGAAAAUGAGCAGCAGCAGCUGCAGGUCGAGGUCUACACUGGUGGCCAUGUAUCGCCUCCUGUGGCACAGUUGCUGGUCAACUGUCAUGUGCAACAGAAUGCUAGCUCUGUGCUCCAAACAGUCUGUCGCACACUGCAACUGCCGCCCGAACUGAUGCAGUUCUUUUGCCUGUAUCUGAUGCGCCAGGUAGAGGGUAAUCCCGAAUCUCCGUUGUCAUCUCCCGAUGAUCCCCCAAAUGUGUUGCUGCUGCGACGCCUGAUGGACUUUGAGUCGCCGUUCAUAACGCGCCUUCACGCGCAGCCCUGUCAAUUGUUAUUGCGCACCUGCUACUGGAACGCACGCUGGGAUGGCAAGCUUUUGGGCAACAGUAUCGCCCUUAACUUGCUCUAUCACCAAACACUAUCGGAUGUGGCACGUGAGUGGAUCAUUUGCACGCCAGAGAUGCGCCGUCAGCUGAGCAGCCUGCAAAUGCAGUCGCGGCCGCUGCAAUACUUGGAGCUGGUGCGUCAGCUGCCAAGCUAUGGUUGCCUCCAGUUUGGAGCCGCCCAAGUCGAUUAUCCCCAGCUGGAGACCCAAGCACUGGUCACCAUUGGCAAUCGAGAACUCAGCUUACGCACGGCACGCGGUGCCAAAAUCUACGAGACCAAGUUUCGGGUGACACGCAUGCGUUGUUGGCGAGUUAGUGCCAUGCACAACACAUUCGAGUCGCGGGAUCAGCCCACACAGCUGCAGCUGUCCUUUGAGUAUCUGAUGUCGAAGCAAACGCUGCGCUGGAUUACAAUUACCAGUCAGCAGGCGAUGCUGAUGUCUGUCUCGCUCCAGGGCAUGGUUGACGAGCUGUUGCGCAAUGAUAACAACAGUAGCGGGGGCAGCGAUGAUGAGCAGGAGGCAAGCACUUCGCGUGGCGCAUCAGAGUCCACAUCUUCAACAACCAGCUCGGUGUCGUCUUUUACUUCGGGUACAUCGACAACAACAACUACAUCAACUGCGAAAGCGACAACUCCGCCGGUUAAGUUUCUAGCUCAGCAUUGCAAGCAACCGCAUAACAAGCUGACAACCGCACGAACAUUUGCUGCGGUCUUCUUCCGAAACGAUGCCAACGAUGCUGGGAGCACAUCGGUGCGCAACGAAGCAUUUGAGGGGAUUGGCGACGAUGAUCUGUAAGCUCAGUAUCAAUUCUCACACUCUUUUGUGCGUAAACUUCCUUAUGGAACUGGAAAACCUUUACACUUUUUUAAUGAUAUUUCAAACAUCUCCAUUAUUGCGAUUUGAACUCAUCAUUCAAUACUUUGCUUGCAUUUUAAUGUCCACAUGAAAUUUAGAGAAAAACUUCCACUUCUCAACAUGGAAACGGAAAAACAACAAGCAAAAUUGCUGUAAUCAAUUGUGUUCUCAAUUUUCGAUCCUAAUGACGAACUUUAAAAACAUUUACAUAUAUGUAUGUUUUCCAGCUCUGAUUACUAUGUAUGUGUAUGCAGUGUGUUUGUAUGUGUGAGUGUAAAAAACAAAACGAAUUUGUUUAUUAGUUGAUUCGUAGACAGCGCACAGCCAAAAUAGUUUUUUAAACAAAAUUGUAACUGUUAGCACAAAUCUAAACGAAAGUUAUCGAUGUAAAUGUAAAUGUAUAAUGUAACUAUGUACAUAAGUAAGUACAUAAGUUAUAGUUAAGUUUUGAAAUCCGAAAUCAACUCGUCCCUUCCUCUCCUCUCCCUAUGGUGCUGCCAAAUGUUAAUGCGGUAAAUUUAAAGCAACUCGGAAUGUGCAUUUUAUUGUUUUAAAAGACAAAAGCUAUAAAUUUAUUAUCAAGAUACAUAUGAGAUGAUCAAUCGAUCGACUUGAUCAUGAUUGAUUAACUAACAUUGCGUUGUGUUUAAGAAGAAUGCUCAGUAAGAACUAUAGACUUAUGUUAUACUACAUUUUAAAUCAAAUGUUUACACACACAUACAUAAAACAUAUAAGUAUUUAUGUAUACGAAUUGUAAUUAUUUUGUAAAUGAAAUUUUUUAAACAAUUA